ACCCCGCCGGGCUCACGUGCGCCCCCUCCCCCCAGCCGCGCUAUGGCCGGCAUCCUUCGAGCCUGGUCUCAGGCCCCAGCGCUGAGGCUGAGAAGCCCCCUCCCGCCGGGGCUCCGUUGGCACAGGAAGCCCAUCUCCUCCAGGCGGGCGGGCAGCCUGGCUCCCGGAGCCCAGAAGGAGCUGCCCGCCACCACCCGGGGUCCACCCACGGACGACAAGUUCCUCCCCAUAUACCGGUUCCCGGGCAUCAGGCUGUGCGGGUCCCUGUCCCGGCUGAAGGUGCUGCAGACGGCCCUGACGGUCCUGGCGCUGCCGCCCGGCGUCUACCUGUACGCCCGGGGCCUGCUGCCGCCUCAGGCCCUGGCCCUGCUGGGCGGGGGCGCCGGCUUCGCCCUGGCCAUGCUCUGCUGGAUCAGCUUCUUCCUGCGCCGCCUCGUGGGGUUCAUGUACGUGAACGAGGCGGGCACCGUGCUGCGGGUGGCCCACCUGAACUUCUGGGGCCGGCGGCGCGACACCCUUUGCCCCGUGGCCAGCGUGGUGCCCCUGUCGGAGGGCAGUGACCGGCCCCGCGACCUGUUCGUGCGGCUCCGGCGCUACGACGGCGGGCAGACCUUCUACUUCACCCUGCGCUUCGGCCGCGUCUUGGACCACCGGCGCUUCGGCCAAGUCUUCGGCCCUUCGGACCCGGGCCCGCGGUGACGCGGCUCCGGGCCGCCCGCUUGCCCCGCGGCUACCUGUCUGUGGCGGGAGCUUCAGAGUCUGAAUUCCUCUGGCGCAUCUCCCCCGAAUCCAGCUGUCGCCCCAGUAGCCGCUCACCAGACCUUGGGGAAAGACUCUAAUACUAAUAAUAAUCGUGAUUGUAUUCGUUUACCUCCCACUAUGGAUCAAGCGCUGUUCUGAGCACUGGGGCGGAUACAAGCUAAUCGGGAUGGACACGGUCCAUGUCCCCCCGGGGGGCU